AUGGACAGUGAAGAUGCUAGUGAUGCUGAAACAAGCAGUGAGGAAUCAGACAAGGCAGCCGAUGGGGAUGAGGAUGACUCUUCUCGUCUGAUGUUCCUGGCACUUAGAGUCGCUGCAGGAAAAGAAAUACCGUCUGCUAUAUUCCACAAAAUACAAAGAGCAGCCGAAGAAAUAGAUGAUCAUUCGCAACGGCUUCAUGUCAAAUACAUUCUCUGUGCUCAUGCAGCACAACAUUGUGGUUUUGUCGAACCGGAUUAUUUUGGGAAUUUACCGGAUCUUCUCUCAACAACCGAUGUUGUUAUUCGACAAUGCAUUAUGUGGGCAUUUGCAUCGAUUUUGCCUUGUAAAAACAUUCUCAGUCCAUUGUUGAUUCGAUUGCUUUACAAAUCAUUGAAAAAUGAAACACUUGGAUGGAGUAUUUCCUAUCUGUUUCGAAAGAUAUCCGAAUAUGAUAAAUAUAUUCCCAUGGUGACAGGUGCC